UUGAUUCCCUCAACACAAGCUCAAUGACUACUAAGACAAAGAGAAUCAUCACCAUUCUUCUAAGGCUUCUAGCCUUGGGAGCAACCAUUGCUGCAAUUGUUGUCAUGGUCACAAGCCAUGAAUCAGCUCAAGUUUUGAACUUGACAUUCACCGCCAAAUAUAGCAAUGACCCUGUAUUUAAGUACUUUGUGGUUGCAGAAGCAAUUGCAGGCGGGUAUAGCCUACUAGUUCUUGUUCUUUCUUCCAAGAGUUUGCUUUGGCGCCUAACAAUCAUCCUGGAUGUGGUUGUAACCGCCCUGCUGACCUCAAGCAUAUCAGCGGCGUUGGCAAUAGCUCAUGUGGGGAAGAAAGGCAAUAGUCAUGCUGGUUGGUUACCUAUUUGUGAGCAAGUUCCGAAGUUUUGUGACCGUGUCACUGGAGCACUUAUUGCUGGUUUUGCUGCUGCGAUAAUCUACUUGGUGCUUCUUCUUUACAGUCUCCAUGCUGUCCUCAGCCCGAUUUUUGCUGUUAAAAUUUAA